AUGCCUAUUCUCUCCAGAGGCAGUGACCAAGACUAUAGUAACAUUAGCUACAACUCUUGUAAUUCCUUGAGCCACCUCAUUCCUAUCUGCGUUGAAACCCCUUCUGCCAAAGGGGUCCAUUACCAGAGAGCCAGGAGGAUUUACCACCCUGACCAAGUCUCUGCAGUCGAUCUAAAGACAGAGAUCAUGAUAAAUGUUGGAGGCAUCAAGUACCUGCUGCCUUGGAGUACUUUAGAUGAAUUUCCCCUGACCAGACUGAGCAAACUUAAGUUUUGCAGCAGCUAUGAAGAAAUAAUUCAGCUGUGUGACGAUUACGAUGAAGACACCCAUGAGUUCUUCUUUGACAGGAACCCCAAUGCUUUUGGGAUGAUUGUCAGCUUUCUAGCAGCAGGGAAGCUGAUGCUCUUAAGAGACAUGUGUGCCUUGUCUUUUCAGGAGGAGCUGAGGUACUGGGGCAUUGAGGAAUCCAACCUGGAGAACUGCUGCUUUCGAAAACUCUUUCAAAAGCUGCAGGAGUUGGCCGAGAUGCGCAAAGAAGAGGAGCUGAGGAGGAGCAAAGAAGCUGCUUGUGUCUUGGAUGAGAAAACCAGAUUUGGACAGUUUAUGAACAGACUCAGAGAUAUGGUAGAAAACCCCCAGUCAGGACUCCCAGGCAAAGUCUUUGCUUGUCUCUCCAUUCUCUUCGUGGCCACCACGGCUAUCAGCCUUUGUGUUAGCACAAUGCCAGACUUAAGAGCUGAAGAAGACAGGGGUGAGUGUUCCCAGAAGUGCUAUUACAUCUUUGUCAUAGAGACCAUCUGCGUGGCUUGGUUUUCCCUGGAGUUCUGCCUCCGAUUCAUUCAGGCAAGGAGCAAGUGUCAGUUCUUCAAAGGACCCCUAAAUAUCAUUGACUUCUUGGCUAUUUCACCCUAUUACGUCUCCCUCAUCUUCUCAGAGGACGACUCAAACGAGGAGGACGACAGGCCAAGCAGCAACACGUACCUGGAGAAGGUUGGUUUGGUGCUACGGGUUUUACGUGCCUUGAGGAUCUUGUAUGUAAUGCGCCUUGCCCGACACUCCUUGGGCUUGCAGACUUUGGGCCUCACAGUUCGGAAGUGCACGCGGGAGUUUGGACUGCUUUUACUCUUCCUCUGUGUGGCUGUCACUCUGUUCUCUCCCUUGGUCUACCUUGCUGAGAACGAAUCUGGGAGGGUCCUUGAGUUCACCAGCAUGGCUAUCAUCUCCAUGACCACCGUGGGGUACGGAGACAUGGUCCCACGGAGCGUCCCAGGCCAAAUGGUGGCUCUCAGCAGCAUCCUCAGUGGGAUUCUCAUCAUGUCUUUUCCUGCAACGUCAAUAUUCCACACGUUCUCCCAUUCCUACUCGGAGCUGAGAAAGGAACAGGAACGGUUGCAGUCUCGGUUGAACAGAAUGAAAAAUGCCAAUCGCUCUGCUGAAAGCGACACCUUCAAUGAGACAGACAGCUUGAUCCUGGAGGAUCAGGCAUCACCCAUCAAAUACAUUUACAAAGGGAACUGA